CCCUCAGCAGCGGAGCCACUGCAAGGGCUACCCAGCACAGCUGCCCCACUCCCUGUGUCUCCACUGGGUCUGAGGGAGAGAGGGAGGAGGGAGAGACCCCAGCCCUCUGCUCCCUCUCUCUCUCUCCAGCUGCUGCCCCCUCCCCUAAAUCCACCUUGGGACAGUCCUCCAGCCCUGACCACAACCCACACUCCAGGAAGCCAGGAUGGAUUACCACACCUUCAGUGGGGCGCCCCGCUUCCUCACGCGGCCCAAGGCUUUUCUGGUGUCAGUGGGCAAAGAUGCCACCCUGAGUUGCCAGAUUGUGGGCAACCCGGUCCCGAUGGUCAGCUGGGAGAAAGACCAGGUGCCCGUAGCCCCCGGCGGGCGCUUCCGCAUGGCCGAGGAGGGGGAGCUGUACCGCCUGACCAUCGUGGACCUUACCCUGGAGGACAGCGGCCAGUACAUGUGCCGGGCCCGCAACUCCAUUGGAGAGGCCUUUGCUGCAGUCAGCCUGCAGGUGGGCGAGGACACCAUGCGAGCCGAGCUGGCUCCCUACUUCCUUCUGCGGCCAACAUCGAUCCGCGUAAGCGUGGGAGAGGAUGCCACCUUCCGCUGCCGGGUGCAGGGCAGUCCCCCGAUGUCAGUCAGCUGGACGAAAGAUGGCCGGCGGCUGGGCGAGCCAUCGUCUCCUGAUUUCCACCGAGUGCAGGUUGAGGCUCAGGGUGAAGACAGCUCCCUGAGGAUCCGGGGUGCCCGUCCCCGAGAUGGCGGCACUUACACUGUCUUGGCAGAGAACCCUAUCGGGUCCACCAGUGCCGCUGCUGCCCUUGUGGUAGAUGAGAAAGCCCUCCUGGGUCCCAGGGCUGCUGAUGCCACCUCCGGGACAAAUGCCCUGCUGACCCACCUGCAGAGGCGGAGGGAGGAGAUACGAGCGGAAGGCAGCAGUUUGAGUUCCAGCGUGGGGCGCUGGACCAGUGGGAGCACACGCACUUGCACCGUGACUGAGGGCAAGCACGCUCGCCUGAGCUGCUACGUGACUGGGGAGCCCAAGCCUGAGACUGUAUGGAAGAAGGACGGGGAGGUGGUGGUGGAGGGCCGGAGGCACAUGAUAUAUGAGGAUGAGCAGGAGAACUUUGUUCUUAAGAUCCUCUUCUGCAAACAGACCGACAACGGGCUCUACACGUGCACAGCCUCCAACCUGGUGGGGCAGACCUACAGCUCCGUGCUGGUGGUGGUGAGAGAGCCCACGGUGCCCUUCAAGAAGAAGCUGCAUGACUUGGAGGUCCGGGAGAAGGAGGCGGCCACGUUCCAGUGCGAGGUGCCCCUGCCCGCCACGGAGGCCUCUUGGUACAAGGAGGAGACCAGACUUCGGCAAAGCAAAAAGUACAACAUCGAGGAAGAAGGCACCUGGCGCCGGCUGACGGUGCAGAAUGUCACCACGGAUGAUGAUGCCGUCUACAUCUGUGAGAUGAAGGAGGGCAGCAGGACCAUUGCUGAGCUGACAGUCCAAGGCAACAUCACCAAGAAACUCCCGAGGAAGACCAUGGUACUGACCGGGGACACGGCCAUCUUCUGUGUGGAGCUGGCAAACCCAGCCGACCCCAUCCGAUGGCUGAGGAACCAGGAGGAGGUCGAGGCUGGGGACCGCAUGACGAUCACUUCCACGGGCACUUGUCACACACUGACCAUCAGACAGUGCCGCCAGGAGGAUGCUGGAGAGGUUGCCUUCCUGGCUGGCGAGUGCAGGACCUCCACCCAGUUCAUUGUGUCUGCUCCCAGGAAGCCUCCUCCACAAGCCCCCUCUGAGCCUGUGGUGAAAGACAAAACGGACAGUUCUGUGACACUUGGAUGGUCUCCGCCACAGCUGGACCGCCCCAUUGCCAUCAACGGCUACCUGGUGGAGAAGAGGAGGCUGGGCAGCCAGAGGUGGGCUAGGUGCCAUGAGACAGAGCUAGUGUCCACGCUCGAGGUGACCGUGGGCAGUCUGCUUGAGGCAGGAGACUAUCAGUUCCGAGUGGCGGCCGUCAACAGCUUUGGCCAGGGCCCCUACCUCGAGUUUCCAGGGACCAUCCACCUGGAACCCCAACUGGCUGUGAAGACACCUCUGCGGGCUGUUGAGGCGGUGGCUGGUGGUGAGGUGACAUUCACUGUGGACCUCACCAUGGCUUCCUCUGGGGAGUGGUUUUUGGAUGGGCGGGCCCUGCCAGUCAGUGACAUAUAUGUGAUUCGUUGCAAAGGCACUCUACACUCCCUGACCAUCAGCCCUGUACCAGCCAACCUGGAUGGUGCCCAGCUCAAAUUUGUGGCCAAUGGCAUAGAGAGCAGUAUCCGGAUGGAAGUCAAAGCUGCCCCCGUGCGCAUCACCAACAAGUCCGCCGCUGUGCAGAAGAUCUCAGCCCGACUGCAUGAAGAGGCUCAGCUCUUGGCUGAGCUGUCAGACCAGGCUGCGGCUGUGACAUGGCUGAAGGAUGGCCGGGCCUUGCCCAGCGGGCCCAAAUAUGAGCUCCAGGCCACCGAGCAGCGGCGGGUGCUGCGGGUGCGAGAUGUGGCAAGGGAUGAUGCCGGCCUCUAUGAGUGCCUCAGUCCCGGUGACCGCAUUGCCUACCAGCUCUCUGUGCAAGAGCUUGUCUAUUUCCUACAUAAAGAGGCGGCCGGAGGAUAUGUGGAAGCUGUGUUGGGGGGCCAGGCCCAGUUUGAGUGUGAGACGUCAGAGGCCCAUGUGAGGGUGCGUUGGUAUAAAGAUGGCACUGAACUCGGUCAUUCCCAGCGCUUCUCCCAAGAAGACAAGGGAACGAAACACCGGCUGGUAGUGGGCACGGUCACCAGACAGGAUGAAGGCACGUAUGCCUGCAGAGUUGGUGAAGACACACUGGAAUUCAAGCUCAAAGUGUCUGAUAAAGCAGUGAAAUUUAUCAACAAGCCGGCGUCACCUCCUGAGGUGAUUGUCAGCCCUGGGGGGCAGCUGGAGCUGGCCUGUGAGGUGUCUGAGGCUGGUGGGACUGUGGUGUGGAAGAGAGAGCAGAGAGAGGUGAAGAAAGACCAGAGGACAGAGAUUCACACUCAGGGCACUCGGCGGACCCUCAUCCUUCACCGCAUGACCCACAGUGACCAGGGCACUUAUAGCUGCCAUGCUGGGGAUGACCAUGUCACUUUCCAUGUCCGUGUCCAAGAACCCUCAUCGGUAUUUGCCAAGGAACAGCAGGGACAGAAUAAGGUGCAGGUGGUGUCCGGGGAAAGUGCUACCCUCAGCUGUGAGAUGGCUCAGUCUCAGACAGAAGUUACAUGGUACAAGGACGGGAAGAAACUCAGCUCAAGCCAGAAGGUUCGUCUGGAGGCCAAGGGCAAGAGCCGGCAGCUGGUGGUGCAGCAGGUGGGGAAAGCAGAUGUUGGAGAAUACAGCUGUGAAGCCGGAGGCCAGAAAGUCACCUUCCAUCUCAGCAUCAAAGAAUCUGUGGCUGUGUUUGUCAAGGAACAGAAGACUCAGAACAAGGUGGAGGCCGUGGCCGGCAGCAGCACCACCCUGAGCUGCGAGGUGACUGAGGCCCAGACAGAGGUGACCUGGUACAAGGAUGGGAAGAAGCUGAGCCCCAGCCAGAAGGUGCAUGUGGAGGCCAAGGGCCAGGGCCGGCAGCUGGUGGUGCAGCAGGCAGGGAAGGCAGAUGCUGGGGAGUACACCUGUGAGGCUGGGGGCCAGAAGAUCACCUUCCAUCUGGAUGUCAAAGAAUCUGUGGCAGUGUUUUCCAAGGAGCAGCAGACAAAGAAUGAGGUACAGGCUGUGGCCGGUAGCAGUGCCACCCUGAGCUGUGAGGUGACCGAGACCCAGACAGAGGUGACCUGGUACAAGGAUGGGAAGAAACUGAGCUCCAGCCAGAAAAUACGUUUGGAAGCCAAGGGCCGGGGCCGGCAGCUGGUGGUACAGCAGGCCGGGAAGGAGGAUUCUGGGGAGUACACCUGUGAGGCCGGGGGCCAGAAGAUCACCUUCCGCCUGGAUAUUAAAGAAUCUGUGGCUGUGUUUGCCAAGGAGCAGCAGACCCAGAGCCAGGUAGAGGCCGUGGCCGGUAGCAGUGCCACCCUGAGCUGUGAAGUGACAGAGGCCAAGACAGAGGUGACCUGGUACAAGGAUGGGAAGAAGCUGAGCCCCAGCCAGAAGGUGCAUGUGGAGGCCAAGGGCCGGGGCCGGCAGCUGGUGGUGCAGCAGGCAGGGAAGGCAGAUGCUGGGGAGUACGCCUGUGAGGCUGGGGGCCAGAAGAUCACCUUCCAUCUGGAUGUCAAAGAAUCUGUGGCUGUAUUUGCCAAGGAACAGAAGACUCAGAACAAGGUAGAGGCUGUGGCUAGUAGCAGCGCCACCCUCAGCUGCGAGGUGACUGAGGCUCAGACAGAGGUGACCUGGUACAAGGAUGGGAAGAAGCUGAGUCCCAGCCAGAAGGUGCAUGUGGAGGCCAAGGGCCGGGGCCGGCAGCUGGUGGUGCAGCAGGCAGGGAAGGCAGAUGCUGGGGAGUACACCUGUGAGGCUGAGGGUCAGAAGGUCACCUUCCAUCUGGAUGUCAAAGACUCUGUGACAGUGUUUGCCAAGGAACAGAAGACUCAGAGCCAGGUGGAGGCCGUGGCCGGUAGCAGCGCCACCCUGAGCUGCGAGGUGGCUGAGGCCCAGACAGAGGUGACCUGGUACAAGGAUGGGAAGAAGCUGAGCCCCAGCCAGAAGGUGCAUGUGGAGGCCAAGGGCCAGGGCCGGCAGCUGGUGGUGCAGCAGGCAGGGAAGGCAGAUGCUGGGGAGUACACCUGUGAGGCUGGGGGUCAGAAGGUCACCUUCCAUCUGGAUGUCAAAGAAUCUGUGGCUGUGUUUGCCAAGGAGCAGCAGACCCAGAGCCAGGUAGAGGCCGUGGCCGGUAGCAGUGCCACCCUGAGCUGUGAAGUGACAGAGGCCAAGACAGAGGUGACCUGGUACAAGGAUGGGAAGAAGCUGAGUCCCAGCCAGAAGGUGCAUGUGGAGGCCAAGGGCCGGGGCCGGCAGCUGGUGGUGCAGCAGGCAGGGAAGGCAGAUGCUGGGGAGUACACCUGUGAGGCUGGGGGUCAGAAGGUCACCUUCCACCUGGAUGUCAAAGAGCCCCCAGUGGUGUUUGCCAAGGAGCAGCAGACUCAGAACAAGGUGGAGGCUGUGGCUGGUAGCAGCGCCACCCUGAGCUGUGAGCUGGCCCAGGCCCAGACAGAAGUGACCUGGUACAAGGAUGGGAAGAAGCUGAGCCCCAGCCAGAAGGUGCAUGUGGAGGCCAAGGGCCGGGGCCGGCAGCUGGUGGUGCAGCAGGCAGGGAAGGCAGAUGCUGGGGAGUACACCUGUGAGGCCGGAGGUCAGAAAGUCACCUUCCACCUGGACAUCAAAGAGCUCCCAGUGGUAUUUGCCAAGGAGCAGCAGACUCAGAACAAGGUGGAGGCCGUGGCCGGUAGCAGCGCCACCCUGAGCUGUGAGCUGGCCCAGGCCCAGACAGAAGUGACCUGGUACAAGGAUGGGAAGAAGCUGAGUCCCAGCCAGAAGGUGCAUGUGGAGGCCAAGGGCCGGGACCGGCAGCUGGUGGUGCAGCAGGCAGGGAAGGCAGAUGCUGGGGAGUACACCUGUGAGGCUGGGGGUCAGAAGGUCACCUUCCAUCUGGAUGUCAAAGAGCCCCCAGUGGUAUUUGCCAAGGAGCAGCAGACUCAGAACAAGGUGGAGGCCGUGGCUGGUAGCAGCGCCACCCUGAGCUGUGAGCUGGCCCAGGCCCAGACAGAAGUGACCUGGUACAAGGAUGGGAAGAAGCUGAGCCCCAGCCAGAAGGUGCAUGUGGAGGCCAAGGGCCGGGGCCGGCAGCUGGUGGUGCAGCAGGCAGGGAAGGCAGAUGCUGGGGAGUACACCUGUGAGGCUGGGGGUCAGAAAGUCAUCUUCCGUCUUGAUGUCAAAGAGCCCCCAGUGGUGUUUGCCAAGGAGCAGCAGACUCAGAACAAGGUGGAGGCUGUGGCUGGUAGCAGCGCCACCCUGAGCUGUGAGCUGGCCCAGGCCCAGGCCCAGACAGAAGUGACCUGGUACAAGGAUGGGAAGAAGCUGAGCUCCAGCCAGAAGGUGCAUGUGGAGGCCAAGGGCCGGGGCCGGCAGCUGGUGGUGCAGCAGGCAGGGAAGGCAGAUGCUGGGGAGUACACCUGUGAGGCAGGAGGCCAGAAGGUCACCUUCCGUCUGGAUGUCAAAGAGCCCCCAGUGGUAUUUGCCAAGGAGCAGCAGACUCAGAACAAGGUGGAGGCUGUGGCUGGUAGCAGCGCCACCCUGAGCUGUGAGCUGGCCCAGGCCCAGACAGAAGUGACCUGGUACAAGGAUGGGAAGAAGCUGAGCCCCAGCCAGAAGGUGCAUGUGGAGGCCAAAGGGCUGAGUCGGCAGCUGGUGGUGCAGCAGGCAGGGAAGGCAGAUGCUGGGGAGUACACCUGUGAGGCUGGGGGCCAGAAGGUCACCUUCCAUCUGGAUGUCAAAGAGUCUGUAGUGGUAUUUGCCAAGGAACAAAACAUGCAAAAUGAAGUACAGGUAAUAUCUGGAGCCAGCACUAACCUGAGUUGUGAGGUGACUGAAGCCCAGACAGAGGUGACCUGGUACAAGGAUGGGAAGAAGCUGAGCUCCAGCCAGAAGGUGCAUGUGGAGGCCAAAGGGCUGAGUCGGCAGCUGGUGGUGCAGCAGGCAGGGAAGGCAGAUGCUGGGGAGUACACCUGUGAGGCUGGGGGCCAGAAGGUCACCUUCCACCUGGAUGUCAAAGAAUCUGUGGCGGUGUUUGCCAAGGAACAGAAGACUCAGAACAAGGUGGAGGCCGUGGCUGGUAGCAGUGCCACCCUGAGCUGUGAGGUGACUGAGGCCCAGACAGAGGUGACCUGGUACAAGGAUGGGAAGAAGCUGAGCUCCAGCCAGAAGGUGCAUGUGGAGGCCAAAGGGCUGAGUCGGCAGCUGGUGGUGCAGCAGGCAGGGAAGGCAGAUGCUGGAGAGUACACCUGUGAGGCUGGGGGCCAGAAGGUCACCUUCCGCCUGGAUGUCAAAGAAUCUGUGGCUGUGUUUGCCAAGGAACAGAAGACUCAGAACAAGGUGGAGGCCAUGGCUGGUAGCAGCGCCACCCUGAGCUGCGAGGUGGCCGAGGCCCAGACAGAGGUGGCCUGGUACAAGGAUGGGAAGAAGCUGAGCCCCAGCCAGAAGGUGUAUGUGGAGGCCAAAGGGCUGAGUCGGCAGCUGGUGGUGCAGGAGGUGGGGAAGGCAGAUGCUGGGGAGUACACCUGUGAGGCUGGGGGACAGAAGGUCACCUUCCGUCUGGAUAUCCAAGAACCAGAAACAAAAGCCCCUGAGAAACCUGCCAAGAGGGAACCACUGGUGGUGCGGGAACAUGAGGACAUCAUUCUGUCAGCCACGCUCACGUCAACCAUGGCCACCAUCACAUGGCUUAAGGAUGGGGUAGAAAUCAGGCGCAGUAAGCGCUAUGAGUUGUCCAGUGAAGGAACCACCCACACCCUCACUGUGCAUGAUGCCCAGACCCAAGACAGUGCCAUCUACACCUGCAGGGCUAACAAAGAAAAGCAAGACUUUCCCGUCCAGGUAGAAGAGGUCCCUGUGAAGUUUGCCCGACCCCUGGAGCCGGUGAGGGGAGAGGUUGGACAGACGGUGGUGCUGUCCUGUGAGCUGAGCGAGGCACAGGGGGAUGUAGUAUGGUACUGCGGUGGGAUGGAGAUCCGUUCUGGCAAGCGAUUCCAGAUCGGGGCAGAUGGGCCCCGGCGCACCCUCACCAUUGUGGGCCUGAGGGCUGAGGAUGAGGGCGAGUACUGCUGUGAGAGUCGCAACGACAAGACUACCACUCAGCUCACAGCCAUCGUUCCCCGAAUGGUCAAGUUCACCUCAGGCCUGAGCAGUGCAGUCUCAGAAGAGGGCUGUGAGGCCACGUUCCAGUGCGUGGUUGCCCCCAGUGACGCUGUGGUGGUCUGGAGUCGGAAUGGUGUGAAGCUAGAGCCUGGCGCUAAGUACGUCAUCUCUCAGAGCGACGCCAGCCACAGCCUCGUCAUUACUGCCCUAACCCUUGAGGAUGCCGGCCAGAUCAUGGCCGAAGCCGAAGGGGCCACCACGACGGCCAGCCUCAAAGUCCGAGAGGCCCCAGUACUGUUCAAGAGGAAGCUGGAGCCAACGACAGUGGAAGAGAAGGGCUCUGUGACGUUAGAAGUGGAGCUGACCAAGCCUUGUUCUUCUGUGAGGUGGACUCGGAACAGCGCAGCCUUGGUGCCCAGUGAGAACGUGGAGAUCCGGGCCGAAGGCACACGUCACAGCCUGCUCCUUAAGAACGUGAGCUUCUCUGACAGGGGCUUCUUUGGCUGUGAGACGCCCGAUGACAAGACCCAGGCUAAGCUCAAUGUGGAGAUGCGUCAGAUCCGGCUGGUACGGGGCUUGCAGGCCAUGAAGGUGCGGGAACAGGGAACGGUAUCUUUUGAGGUAGAGCUCUCACACGGUGAUGUGGAAGGCUACUGGACCCGAGAUGGCCUGAAGCUCAAGUCUCAGAAUAACUGCUGCAUCACGGUCCAGGGUGUGAUUCACAAACUGACCCUGUCCUCCGUGAGCCUGGAGGAUGCUGGGCUCAUGGCCUUCAAGGCAGAGGGUGUCCACACAUCUGCAAAACUCACUGUCACUGAGCUUCCUGUGAAGUUCAGCCACCCCUUGCAGGACAUUGUGGCUACGGAGAAGGAAAAGGUCACUUUGGAGUGUGAAUUAUCCCGGGCCAACCAUGAUGUCAAGUGGUUGAAGGAUGGAGUUGUGCUUCGGGCGGGGAAAACACUGGCAAUUGUUUCCCAGGGGACCAAGAGGAGCCUUGUAAUCCACAAGUGUGAGUCUGGAGACCAAGGCACCUAUGUAUGUGAUGCUGGUGAUGCCAAGACUUCAGCCACACUGCGGGUGCAAGGCAGGAACAUACAGAUCGUGAAGCCCCUGGAGGAUGUGGAGGUGAUGGAGAAGGAGAGUGCAACCUUCACCUGUGAGAUCUCCCACGAUGAGGUGCAGACCCAAUGGUACAAGAACGACGGCAAGAUCCGGCCUGGAGACAACAUCAAGAUGCGCCAGGAAGGAAAGACGUAUUCUUUGCUCUACUGGAAAGUCAUGGUAGAAGAUGCAGCAGAGAUCAAAUUUGUGGCAGAAAAUGCAGAAUCUCGAGCCCAGCUCAGAGUGAAAGAGCUGCCGGCGGUGAUUGUGCGACCACUGAGGGACAAAAUUGCCAUGGAGAAACACCGGGGAGUGUUAGAAUGCCAGGUGUCCAGGGCAAGUGCCCAGGUGCGAUGGUUCAAGAAGGACGUAGAGCUCCAUGCCGGGCCCAAGUACGAGAUGGUCAGCGAUGGCAUUUAUCGUAAGCUUGUCAUCAACGAUGCCCAACCAGAGGAUGAGGAUACGUACACCUGUGACGCUGGCGAUGCUAAGACCAGUGCUCAUUUCUUCGUGGAAGAACAAUCUAUUAACAUUGUACGGAACCUGAAAGACAUGGAGGUGAUGGAACCAGCUCCAGCCUGGUUUGAGUGUGAGACCUCCAUCCCAUCUGUCCGGCCCCCCAAGUGGCUGCUGGGCAAGACGGUGCUACAGGCCGGGCGAGAUGUGAGCAUUGAACAAAUGGACACGGUCCACCGGCUGACCCUCCACCGCACCUGUUCCACCAUGACGGGCCCUGUGCACUUCACCAUUGGCAAAUCCAAGUCCACAGCUCGGCUCAUUGUCUCAGAUAUCCCCGUGGUGCUGAUCCGGAAGAUGGAGGACAAGACUGGCCGGGAGAAGCAAUCUGUGGUCCUCUCUUGUGAUUUCAAGCCACCUCCUAAAGGAGUACAGUGGUAUAAGGGUGAAACCCGUCUCGAGCCCUCUGAAAAAUACAAGAUGAAGCUGGAGAACCACAUGGCAGAGCUGCGGAUCCUGAAGCUCACACCGAGUGAUGCUGGCAUUUACCGGUGCCAGGCUGGCAACACUGAGAGCAGCGCCACAGUCACCGUGGAAGCUCGUGAGGUGGCAGUGAUACGGCCCCUUCAGGAUGUGGAGGCUACGGAGGAGGGCAGCGCCAGCUUCUCCUGUGAGCUCUCUCAAGAGGAUGAGGAGGUGGAGUGGCUGCUGAAUGAGACCCUGCUCUACAACGACAGUUUUCACGAAAUCUCCCAUGAGGGAAGCUGCCACACGCUGGUGCUUAAGCGAGUGAGCCUGGCGGACACCGGCACUGUGAGUCUCAAGUCGGCCAAGGUGUCGCAGUCGGCCCGGCUGACGGUGAAAGAGAAGCCUCUGGUGUUCCUCAAGCCCCUGGAUGACAUGGCAGGUGAAGAGAGGGGCACACUGGCUCUGGAGUGUGAGGUCUCCCACCCCAAGGCCCAAGCCAUUUGGAGGAAGGAUGGUGUGGAGCUGGGCCCCAGUGACAAAUAUGACAUCCUGCACACUGACCGUACCCGGGGUCUUGUGGUACAUGACCUCUCCCGGGAUGAUGCUGGCCUCUACACCUGUGACAUCGGCACCGACCUGACCCGCUCCCAGGUCAGCGUACAUGACCUGCACAUCGGCAUCACCAAACGCCUGAAGACCACGGAGGUGCAAGAGGGAGAGAGCUGCACCUUGGAGUGCAUCCUGUCCCACCAGAGUGCUGGUGAUGUGGGCACUUGGACAGUCAAUGGGAAAGAGGUGGGUGGCUCUGGCCGCUUCCGGGCCUCGUGUCAGGGCCGGAAAUACACCCUCACCCUCCGAGACGCAGCAGUGACGGAUGCCGGCGAGGUGGUGUUCACUGUCCGUGAUCUCACUUCUAAAGCCUCUCUGAUCAUCAAAGAGAAGCCAACAUCCAUCACCAAACCCCUGGAGAAUCAGAAGGUAACAGCUGGGGAGGACGUGAGCCUAAGCUGUGAACUCUCCAAAGCAGGUGCCACCGUCAGGUGGUCGAAGGAUGGCAAAGCCAUCAGAAAAGGUCCCAGAUAUGACCUACGCUAUGAGGGUUCCCAGGCCAUUCUUGUCAUCCGUGAGGCCUCCCUCAAGGACUCUGGCGAGUACACGUGUGAGACUGAGGUCUCGAAGAGCAAAGCCACCCUCAAGGUGGAAGAAAAGCCCAACCGCUUCAUCAAGGAGCUGACAGAUGUGAAGGGUGAGGAGAAGGGCACAGCGGUAUUUGAGUGUGAGACGGAGAAGCCAGCAGCAGCUGUGACAUGGCGGAAGGGUAUCACGGAGCUCCGGGCCACCAAGAAGCAUGCGCUCAGCCAGGCAGGCACGGCCCUGAAACUCACCAUCUCCACUUUGGAGAAAGGAGACAGUGACACCUACACCUGUGACAUUGGGGACGCCCAGUCCCAGGCUCAGCUUGUGGUGCAAGGCCAAAAAAUCCUCAUCACCGAGGACCUGGAAGAUGUGGAAGUUUCAGAGGGGUCCUCAGCCACAUUUCGAUGCCGGAUUUCACCUGCUGACUACAGUCCUGUUCAAUGGUUUCUGGAUAAGACCCCACUACACAUGAAUGAACUCAAUGACAUUGAGGUGCAGCCAGGGGGCUACCACAUGCUGACCGUGAGGCAGCUUGCCCUCAAGGACUCGGGUACCAUCCACUUUGAGGCAGGUGACCAGAGGACGUCUGCUGCCCUGAGAGUCACAGAGAAACCCUUCGCAUUUUCCCGGGAGCUUAUUGAUGCUACAGUUACCACAGGGGAGGCUGUGACCCUCUGUUGUGAGACCACAAUCCCAGAUAGCCCAGUGCGCUGGACCAAAGAUGGGAAGGCCCUACGGCCCUCAGCCAAGUACCAGAUCAGCCGUGAAGGCUGUGAAGCCCAGCUAGUUAUCACCAGUGUUGGAGAACAAGAUGGCGGGCGCUAUGAGUGUGAAUUUGGCAAGGCUCGGACUAGCUCUAUUGUCAGGAUUGAAGCUGCACCAAUCUACUUCAAAGAGGAACUGAAGGCCAUAGAAGUGUCAGAGGGAGGAGCCACCACCUUGCGCUGUGUGCUCUCUGCUGUGGCAGCCCCUGUGGAGUGGCGCAAGGGCAGCGAGGUGAUCCGAACUAGCAGCAAGUAUCACCUGCGGCAGGAGGGAGCCUCCUUGGAGCUGGUCGUCCGGGAUCUGGAACCUCAGGACAGCGGGGAGUAUUCCUGUGUCUUCAAGGACCAGAAGACCACAGCCAUCUUGACUGUCAAGGAGCUCCCUGUAAAGUUCAUAGUUGAACUCCAAAGUACAGAAUCCACAGAAGGGGCCACGGCCACACUGCAGUGUGAGCUGAAUAAGGCAGCUCCCGUGGAGUGGAAAAAGGGUCUGAAGAGACUCCGAUCCAGUGACAGAUACACCCUGAGACAGGAGGCGACUGUGUGUGAGCUCGUCAUCCAUAGCCUUGAUAUGGAUGAUACUGGAGACUACACGUGUGUCUGUGGAGAGGAGAAGACCACAGCGACCUUGACAGUGAAGGCCCUGCCUGCCAAGUUCUUGGAAGGACUGAAGCGCACAGAGGCCACAGAAGGGGCCCCAGCCACGCUGCGGUGUGAGCUGAAUAAGGCAGCUCCCGUGGAGUGGAAAAAGGGUCUGAAGAGACUCCGAUCCAGUGACAGAUACAGUCUGAGACAGGACGGGGCUGUGUGUGAGCUGGUAAUACAUAAGUUAGAUAUGGAUGAUUCAGGAGACUACACCUGUGUGAGCGGAGAAGCCACGACCACGGCGACCUUGACAGUGAAGGCCCUACCUGCCAGGUUUAUCGAGGGACUACAGAGUGUGGAAGCCACAGAGGGGACCUCAUCCACACUGCAUUGUAGGCUAAGCAAGAUGGCCCCAGUGGAGUGGAAGAAGGGAUUGAAGAGGCUCCGAGCCAGUGACAGAUACAGCCUAAGGCAGGAUGGGGCCGUGUGUGAGCUGGUGAUCCUCCACCUUAAUCUUGAUGAUGCAGGAGACUACACUUGUGUGUGUGGGGAGGAGAGGACCACAGCAACUUUGACUGUGAAGGCCCUGCCCACUCGGUUCAUGAAAGGUCUUGGAAGUAUAGAAGCAGCUGAAGGGGCUGCAGCCACACUACACUGUGAGCUCAGCAAGAAAUCUCCUGUGGAAUGGAGGAAGGGGCCAGAGAAACUCCCUGCCAGUGACCGGUAUAGCCUGAGGCAGGAUGGGGCUGUGUGUGAGCUGGUGAUCCAUAGCUUGGACAUGAAUGAUGCAGGAGACUACACAUGUGUGUGUGGAGAGGAGAAGACCACAGCAACUCUGAAUGUCAAGGCUAUGCCAGCUCAGUUCACAAAAGACCUAAAGAUCAUUGAAGCUUCAGAAGGGUCCGUGGUCACCCUACACUGUGAGCUGAGCAAAGAAGCCGCUGUGGAGUGGAGGAAGGGGCCAGACAAGCUUCAAGCCAGUGACAGAUGCAGCCUGAGGCAGGAUGGGACUGUGUGUGAGCUGGUGAUCCAUAGACUGGACAUGGAUGAUGCUGGAGACUACACCUGUGUGUGUGGAGAGGAGAAGACCAAGGGGACCCUGACUGUCAAGGCCCUUCCUGCCAAGUUCACACAGGUUCUGGGGGCUUUGGAAGCCACAGAGGGAGAUAAAGCCACCCUGAAAUGUGAGCUGAGCAAGGCAGCCCCUGUGGAGUGGAGGAAGGGGCCAGAGAAGCUUCAAGCCAGUGACAGAUGCAGCCUGAGGCAGGAUGGGGCUGUGUGUGAGCUGGUGAUCCAUAGACUGGACAUGGAUGAUGCUGGAGACUACACCUGUGUGUGUGGAGAGGAGAAGACCACCACAACCUUAACUGUCAAGGCCCUGCCUGCCAAGUUCACAAAGGUUCUAGAGAAGACUGAGGCCACAGAAGGGUCCGUGGUCACCCUACACUGUGAGCUAAACAAGGCAGCCCCUGUGGAGUGGAGGAAGGGGCCAGAGAAGCUUCAAGCCAGUGACAGAUGCAGCCUGAGGCAGGAUGGGGCUGUGUAUGAGCUGGUGAUCCACAGGCUAGACAUGGAUGAUGCUGGAGACUACACCUGUGUGUGUGGAGAGGAGAAGACCACCACAACCUUAACUGUCAAGGCCCUGCCUGCCAAGUUCACAAAGGUUCUAGAGAAGACUGAGGCCACAGAAGGGUCUGUGGUCACCCUACACUGUGAGCUAAGCAAGGCAGCCCCUGUGGAGUGGAGGAAGGAGCCAGAGAAGCUUCAAGCCAGUGACAGAUGCAGCCUGAGGCAGGAUGGGGCUGUGUGUGAGCUGGUGAUCCACAGGCUAGACAUGGAAGAUGCUGGAGACUACACCUGUGUGUGUGGAGAGGAGAAGAGCAAGGCAACCCUGACUGUCAAGGCCCUGCCUGCCAAGUUCACAAAAGUUCUAGAGAAGACUGAGGCCACAGAAGGGUCUGUGGUCACCCUACACUGUGAGCUGAGCAAAGCAGCCCCUGUGGAGUGGAGGAAGGGGCCAGAGAAGCUUCAAGCCAGUGACAGAUGCAGCCUGAGGCAGGAUGGGGCUGUGUGUGAGCUGGUGAUUCAUAGACUGGACAUGGAUGAUGCUGGAGACUACACAUGUGUGUGUGGAGAGGAGAAGACCACAGCAGCUCUGAUGGUGAAGGCCCUUCCUGCCAAGUUCACACAGGUUCUGGGGGCUCUGGGAGCCACUGAAGGGGAUAAAGCCACCCUGAGGUGUGAGCUAAGCAAGGCAGCCCCUGUGGAGUGGAGGAAGGGGCCAGAGAAGCUUCAAGCCAGUGACAGAUGCAGCCUGAGGCAGGAUGGGGCUGUGUGUGAGCUGGUGAUCCACAGGCUGGACAUGGAUGAUGCUGGAGACUACACCUGUAUGUGUGGAGAGGAGAAGACCACCACAACCUUAACUGUCAAGGCUUUGCCUGCCCAAUUCACAAAAGUUCUGGGGAGCAUAGAGGUUAAUGAAGGAGCCACAACAACACUGCACUGUGAACUGAGCAAGGCAGCCCCUGUGGAGUGGAAGAAGGGGCCAGAAAAGCUUCAAGCCAGUGACAGAUUCAGCCUGAGGCAGGAUGGAGCUGUGUGUGAGCUGGUGAUCCUCCACCUUAAUGUUGAUGAUGCUGGAGACUACACCUGUGUCUGUGGAGAGGAGAAGACCACAGCAACCUUGACUGUGAAGGCCCUGCCUUCCAAGUUCACAAAAGUUCUAGAGAAGACUGAGGCCACAGAAGGGUCCGUGGUCACCCUACACUGCGAGCUAAGCAAGGCAGCCCCUGUGGAGUGGAGGAAGGGGCCAGAGAAGCUUCAAGCCAGUGACAGAUGCAGCCUGAAGCAGGAUGGGGCUGUGUGUGAGCUGGUGAUCCACAGGCUGGACAUGGAUGAUGCUGGAGACUAUACCUGUGUGUGUGGAGAGGAGAAGACCAAGGCGACCCUGACUGUCAAGGCCCUGCCUGCGAAGUUCACAAAAGUUCUAGAGAAGACUGAGGCCACAGAAGGAUCUGUGGUCACUCUACGCUGUGAGCUAAGCAAGGCAUCCCCUGUGGAGUGGAGGAAGGGGCCAGAGAAGCUUCAAGCCAGUGACAGAUGCAGCCUGAGGCAGGAUGGGGCUGUGUGUGAGCUGGUGAUCCACAGGCUAGACAUGGAUGAUUCUGGAGACUACACCUGUGUCUGUGGAGAGGAGAAGACCAAGGCAACCUUGACUGUCAAGGCCCUGCCUGCCAAGUUCACAAAGGUUCUAGAGAAGACUGAGGCCACAGAAGGGUCCGUGGUCACCCUACACUGUGAGCUAAGCAAGGCAGCCCCUGUGGAAUGGAAGAAGGGGCCAGAGAAGCUUCAAGCCAGUGACAGAUGCAGCCUGAGGCAGGAUGGGGCUGUGUGUGAGCUGGUGAUCCUCAGGCUAGACAUGGAUGAUGCUGGAGACUACACCUGUGUGUGUGGAGAGGAGAAGACCAAGGCGACCCUGACUGUCAAGGCCCAAACAGUGGUGUUCCGGAAGCCCCUGAAGAGCCAACAGGCUGAGGAGGGUGAGACUGCUACCCUGCGGUGUGAACUCUCUAAGCCUGAUGCCCCAGUCAUCUGGAGCAAAGGUGGCCUGGAGAUUCAGGCUGACGAGAGGAUCCAAGUACGCCAGAGGGGCUGUAUCGCCGAGCUGCUGAUCAGCCGCCUGCAGCUGGAGGACACAGGCGACUACAGCUGUGACUGUGGGGACCAGACCACCAGUGCCACCCUGACUGUCAAAGCCGUGCCUGUGGUGUUUCAUAAGAAGCUGCGGGCCCAGGAUGGGGAGGUGGGCUCCACCGUUCGGCUGCACUGUGAGCUCAGCAAGGAGAACGCAAACGUAGAGUGGAGGAAGGGAGCCAUUCAGCUAUUCCCCUGUGCCAAAUAUGAGAUGGUGCUCAAGGGGACCGUGGCAGAGCUCCUCAUCCAUGAUGCCGAACAGGAGGACACGGGUGACUACACAUGUGAUACAGGGGACCAGCAGACCACCGCCACCCUUACAGUGAAUGCCCCCAAGCCCAAGUUCAAGACCCGCUUGCACAGUGAAGAGCUGGAAGAAGGCACCACAGCCCGGCUGCACUGUGAGCUGAGUGUGGCCCAAGCCACUGUGGAGUGGAGGAAGGAGGGUGAGCUGCUCCGGCCUGGCUCCAAGUAUGAGAUGAGGAAGGAAGGAAGCAUCUGUGAGCUCCUGAUCCACGGGCUGGAGGCCAAGGACACUGGUGAAUAUGCCUGCGUGGCUGGCGAUCAGAAGACCCUGGCUACGGUCAAGGUGAAAGAGCCUGAAGUGACCAUCGUCAAAGGACUGACAAACAUGGAGGUGUUUGCUGAUGAAGAUGUUGAUUUCCGCUGUGAGGUAUCCAGGGAGCAGGCAGGGAAUGUAGAAUGGAAGCUGCAGGGCCUGGCCUUGCAGACCAACGAGAUGAAUGAGAUCUCUGUGGUGGGAGGCCGGACACACACACUCAAGCUGAGGAAUGUCACGCCAGAAGACACGGGCACCAUCUCCUUCUCUGUGGGCCGCCACACAUCAACAGCCGAGCUUGUCGUCAAAGCCGCACCUCCUACCUUCUCAGAGAAGCUGCAGGACACAGAGGCCAAAGAAGCCUCCUCGGUCACGCUCCGCUGUGUGCUGGCCUCUGAUGCCGCCCAGGUGGAGUGGAGGAAGGGUGGGGAGAAGCUCACCCCCAGUGCCAAGUAUGAGUUUCAACAACAGGGCACUGUCCACACCUUGAGAAUCCACCACCUCACCGCCGAUGAUGAGGGCGAAUACACAUGUGAGAGUGGAAAGGAGAAGACAACGGCAGCUUUGACCGUUCAAGUCUCCCCAGCCCUCUUCAGGCGUGAGCUCCAGCCACAGAUGGCCCCCGAGGGAGCUGUUGCUAUUCUGCAGGCCGAGCUCACCAAGCCCGAUGCCCCGGUCUUCUGGAAGCGAGGGGCAGUUCGACUCCAGCCCAGCGCCAAGUAUGAGAUGAGGCAGGAUGGGGUAGUGGUGGAACUGGUGAUCCGAGACCUGCAACCAUCUGAUGCUGGCAGCUAUACCUGUGACUCCAAGGACCAGCAGACCACAGCCACGUUGAGUGUCACAGCACCUGAGGUCAACAUUGUGGAGCCCCUUCACGAUGUGAAGCUGUGUGAGGGUGAGGAUGCCAAGUUUGUGUGCCGGCUGUCAAGGGCCCCGGGACAGGAGGUCCAGUGGCGCCUGGGCGGCGUGCCCCUCCAGUCCAACGAGAUGAAUGAGAUCCGGGUGGAGCGCGGCACCCUCCACACACUCACCCUGCGGAAGGUGACCGUGGAGGACGCUGGCGUUGUCAGCUUUCACGUGGGGACCAGCAGCUCGAAGGCCCAGCUCUGUGUCACAGCUGCUCCUUCUGUAUACUUCCAAGAAGAACUCCGAGAUGUCACUUCAACAGAGCAAGGCACAGCCACUCUACGCUGUGAAAUUUCCACACCUGGCACCCCUGUGGAAUGGAGGAAAGGAGGGCAGGUCCUGCAGGCCAGUGCCAAGUAUGAGAUCCGCCAGGUGGGCACCCAGGCCGAGCUCAUCAUCCACACCUUGGAGGCAGAAGACAUUGGCACCUACACCUGCAUCGUGGGAGACAAGCAGAGCACGGCCACCGUCUCUGUACAAGCAGCAACACCUGUACACUUCCAAGAGGAACUCCAGGAUGUCACUUCAACAGAGCAAGGCACAGCCAUCCUUCACUGUAAAAUUUCUACACCUGGCACCCCUGUGGAAUGGAGAAAAGGAGGGCAGGUUCUAAAAGCCAGUGCCAAGUAUGAGAUCCGCCAGGUGGGCACCCAGGCUGAGCUUAUCAUCCACACCUUGGAGGCAGAAGAUGUUGGCGCCUACACCUGCAUCGUGGGAGACAAGCAGAGCACAGCCACCGUCUCCAUACAAGAAGAGGAAUUUCGGCUAGUGCGUGGUUUACAGAAUGUGGACGUCUUUGUGGGCGAGGCAGCCACCUUCUCCUGUGAGCUGUCUGCCGGGGGCAUCGGCGGGGCCCGCUGGUGGCUGGAUGGGACCCUGCUCCAGGAUGGUCCCUUCAGUUCAAUCUCAGUGCACGGCGGGACAGUCCACACCUUGACGCUCAGGGACCUGGGGCCCCAGGACUCAGGGACCAUCACCUUCCGGGCAGGGUCCCUCGUGUCCUCAGCUAAAUUAUUAAUCAAAGAUCCCACCGUUGAAGUGGUCAGUGCCAUGAAAGAUCUGACCGUCGAGGAGAACAGCAUGGCCGAAUUCAUAUGCCAGUAUUCCCGGCCCAUACGGGCCACAUGGAAGAUCAAUGAGCAGGAGGUCCGUGCCGACGGGCAGCGCGUCAUUGUUGAGCAGGAUUGGAAUGUAGCCAAGCUAACCAUUAAACCUGCCCUCCCCCGUGACAGCGGAGUCUAUUCUUGUGAAGCGGAGGGCACCCGAGUGGUGGCUCUGCUUGACGUCCAAGCCAAGAACACCAUUGUCAGGGGCCUGGAGAAUGUGGAAGCAGUGGAAGGAGGAGAGGCCCUAUUCGAAUGCCAUUUGGCCAAACCAGAGAUUGCCAAUCAUAGCUGGCUGAUGGAUGAUGUGCCAGUGAGAACCUCAGAGAACAUUGAAAUGGUCUACUUUGAGAAUGGCCGGAGGCACCUGCUCCUGCUAAAGAACCUGACCCCCCAGGAUAGCUGCCGAGUGACCUUCCUAGCCAACGAUAUGGUCACAUCUGCUUUUCUGACUGUCAAAGGCUGGCGUCUGGAAUUCCUGGAGUCCUUGCUUGAUACGGAGGUCAAGGUUGGCACCAAGGCCACCUUUGGCUGUGUGCUCAGUGAGACAGUCCCUGUCAGUGAGGUGACCUGGUACACCAACGGCGUCGAAAUCCAGCCAGAUGAGGACUGGGUGAUCCAAGCUAAUGGCAGCCGCCACGUCUUGCUCCUCAGGAAUGCCCAGCCCCACCACGCCGGGGAGGUGACCUUCGCAGCCAGAGAUGCUGUCACCUCAGCCAAGCUGACCGUGAUCAGUGUCCCUGACCCUCCCGAAGAUGCUGAGGUUGUGAAACAGAGUGGCCGCUCGGUGACCUUGUCAUGGGCAGCACCAGGGAGCGAUGGAGGUGCUGGCCUGCUCGGAUACAGAGUGGAAAUGAAAACAGCAACAGGCGAGUGGCGGUCAUGUCAUAAAGAUCUUGUCCCAGGCACUGAGUGUGUGGUGAGCGACCUGGUCCCUGGGGAGCCCUACCGGUUCCGGAUUGCUGCUGUGGGUCAGGCGGGCGUAGGAGAGCCUGUGCACCUGCCUCAGACAGUGAAACUUGAGCCUCUAGAGGCAACCACCUCAACCUCUGUAAGCAAGUUGACGGUGGUCGGGGAGGAAGCUCGUCUGGAGUGUGAGGUGGCAGGUGAGAUCCAUGAGGUGACCUGGAGGAAAGGGAAUGAACUGAUCCAGCCUGGGGACCGCUAUGAGCUCAUCUCUAAUGGCAAGAAGCAAACAUUAGUGAUCCAUGGGUUCCGACCCGAUGACCAAGGCUCCUACACCUGUAGUUCCACUAGCAACAAAACCCCUGCUGCUGCAUCUUUUGAAGUUACAGCAACCCAGUCCCCGGAGGCAGAAGCUUUGCUGGAUGGCCUUGCCCAGCCCAGCCUGCCCCCUGAGGCAGCCCAGGAGGGUGACCUGCAUCUGCUGUGGGAGGCUCUCGCCAAGAAGCGCCGCAUGAGCCGGGAGCCCACUCUGGACUCCAUCAGCGAGCUGCCUGAGGAGGAUGAGAGGCUGCAGAGGCUCCGGAGAGAAGUAGAGGAAGCCGUGCAGGACUUCUCCGAGGGCUACUCCACUCCCGAUGAGCUGGCCCGCACUGGCGAGGCCGACCUCUCACACACCAGUUCUGACGACGAGUCCCGGGCUGGCACCCCGUCCCUUGUCGGCUACCUCAAGAAGGCAGGGAAGCCUGGGAGUCAGGCCAGGGUCCCCGGGGCUGCUAGUGCAGGAAAGCCCAGGAAACCGUGGGAGCAGGCAGAGGCUGAGCCCACGGCCCCCCCUAAACUGCCUGGCGACCUGACGGCUGAGAUUCUGGAGGACCCCUCUUUGGAUAAAGCCGCUAUCAAAAUACAGGCAGCUUUCAAGGGCUACAAAGUGAGAAAGGUGAUGAAGCAACAAGAGGGUCCCAGCUUCCGCGAGACUUUUAGGGACAUCGUGGUAGAAGCGGGAGGCUCCCUGCACCUGGAGUGUGUGGCCGUCAGCAAGACCGACGUGAGGACCUGCUGGCUUAAGGACGGAGUCGAGCUGACAGAUGGACGGCACUACCACAUUGACAACUAUGGGGACGGCACCUGCUCCCUGCUGGUCACUGCCCUCGAGGUCAGUGAUGCUGGCUGCUAUACCUGCCAGGUGACCAACAAGUUUGGCCGCAUCUCCCACAGCGCCCAGGUAACGGUGACGGGGGCCGCAGUGACCAGCGGAGCCGAGAGUGAGGCGGAGAGCUCGUCAGGCAGUGAAGUGGACGACGCUUUCCGUCAGGCCGCCCGGAGACUGCAUCGUCUCUUCCGGACCAAGGCCGCCGCCGAAGUGUCGGAUGAGGAGCUUUUCCUCAGUGCAGAGGAGGGCAGUGUGGAGCUGGAGGAGCCCUGUGACCGGCAAACCUACCGGGAAGACGACCGCUAUAUCUAUAUUCGGUUUGAGACCGCCAGCGAGGCCCGCCAGGCGACCACUCGCUUCCAAGAGAUGUUUGCAGCCCUGGGCAUCCUGGUGGAAAUCAACAUCCUGGAGCAAGGGCCCCGCAAGGUGGAGAUGCGCAUCAUGAAGGUGGCACAGGCCCCAGCAGGCCAGCUUGCCUACCCCGCAGCCCCCAAGGAGCACCCUUCAACACUGCUGACCUCUGACACAGCCCCUGUUUUCCUGACGGAGCUGCAGAACCAAGAGGUGCAGGAUGGCUACCCUGUGAGUUUUGACUGUGUGGUGGCUGGGCAGCCAAUGCCCAGUGUGCGCUGGUUCAAAGAUGGCAAGGUGCUAGAAGAGGACGACCACUAUAUGAUCAAUGAGGACCAGCAAGGUGGCCACCAGCUGAUCAUCACAGCUGUGGUACCUGCCGACAUGGGCGUCUACAGAUGCCUGGCUGAGAACAGCAUGGGAGUCUCUUCUACCAAGGCUGAGCUCCGUGUAGACCUGACAAGCACUGACUAUGACACAGCGGCUGAUGCUACGGAGACUUCUUCCUAUUUCAGUGCUCAAGGAUACCUGUCCAGCCGGGAACAAGAAGGUGCAGAGUCAAUGGCAGAGGAAGGGCAGCUGCCCCAAAUCCUCGAAGAGCUCCAGGAGGUCAAGGUGGCCCCUGGUGCCCGGAUGGCUAAAUUCCACCUCAAGGUGAAAGGGUACCCAAUGCCCCGCCUCUACUGGUUCAAGGAUGGGCAGCCGUUAUCUACCUCCUCCCGGAUCCUGAAGACUGAUAAGAAGACAGUUCACACUCUGGAAAUCCUCAAUGUCACAAAGGAAGAUGCUGGGGAGUAUUCUGCCUAUAUCAGGAAUUCUGUGGGCUCUGCCUAUUCCUCUGCCCGGCUGCUAGUCCAGGGUCCCAAUGAACCAGAAAAGAAGAUAGAUUCAGAUUUUCACGAACAACUUGUACCUCCAAGGUUCCUGGAAAGAUUUACCAAUAAGAAAGUGAAGAAGGGCUCUAGCAUCACGCUCUCGGUAAAAGUUGAAGGGCAGCCACCUCCAACAGUAAACUGGCUAAAGGAAGAAGCCAAUGAAGAUGUCCUCUGGAUCCGAACUGACACUCCAGGCUACAAGGUCGCCAGCUCCAACCUUCAGCAUAGCCUCAUCCUCCUGGACAUAAAAAAGCAACAUGAGGGUUCCUACACAUGCAUUGCCACUAAUGGGGCGGGACAGUCCAUCUGCUCUGCUAUCCUUAAAGUCACAGAUGAGACAGAUGGAGCAGCUAGAGGGCAGAAGAAAGUCAAGGAAGCCCUGAUUUCAAACCUGCUGCAGGGAGCUGGAGCCGGCUCAGUCCAGACAUCAGAAACCACAGACUUUAACGACGUUGACCGACCGAAGAAAGGAGAACCAUCAGAAGCUGAUGAGGGCCGAGGCCACAUUUCCCUUGCUGAUGUUGGAACUGAAGAAUUCCUCCAAAAAUUGACAUCCCAGAUUACUGAGAUGGUGUCUGCCAAAAUUACUCAGGUCACUCUCCGGGUCCCUGGAGGGGAGAGUGAUGAUGAAUCCAAGACCCCUUCCCCAUCUCCCCGGCAUGGUCGGUCACGACCUUCCUCCAGCGUCCAGGAGUCCUCCUCUGAGUCUGAAGAUGGGGAUGCCAGAGGGGAGAUCUUCGACAUCUAUAUGGUCACAGCCAACUACAUGCCCCUGGGAGCAGAUCCAGAGGCCAUCACAUUAAGGGAAGGCCAGUAUGUAGAGGUCCUUGACUCAGCCCACCCACUCAAAUGGCUGGUUCGGACCAAGCCUACCAAGUCCAGCCCUUCCCGGCAAGGUUGGGUGUCACCUGCUUACCUGGACAAAAGGUUAAAGCUUUCACCGGAGUGGGCGGCCACUGAAGUACCCGAGUUCCCUGGGGAAUCAGUCUCAGAGGAUGAGUAUAAGAAAAGGCUAAAUGUUGUCAUCCAGGAGCUGCUGAGUUCUGAGCAGGACUUUGUCAAUUCCCUCGACUUCCUGCAAACCCACCAUCUGCAACACCUGGAGUCCUGCCCCAAUGUACCUGCCUCUGUGUCCAGUCAAAAGCCUGUCAUCUUCCGGAAUAUAAGCGACAUUGGCCACUUCCAUGCCGAUCGCUUUCUCCAGGAGUUACAGAAAUGUGACACAGAUGACGAUGUGGCCAUGUGCUUCAUCAAGAACGAAGGAGACUUCGAAAAGUACAUCCAGUACCUGGUAGGCCGUGUGCAGGCGGAGUCUGUAGUUGUCGGCAAGGCUGUCCAGGAGUUCUACAAGAAAUAUUCCGAGGAGAAGCUUUCAGGAUCUGAUCCUUCCCAGCCUCCUUUGCCUCCCCUGCAGCACUACCUGGAGAAACCCAUCCACCGAAUCCAGCAAUACCAGACUGUUAUCAAGGAGCUGAUCCGGAACAAGGCACGAAAUGGGCAGAAUUGCGCCCUGCUGGAGCAGGCCUACGCAAUUGUGUCUGCCCUCUCCCAGAGGGCUGAGAACAAACUCCACGUCUCGCUCAUUGAGAACUACCCUGGGACUCUGGAGGCUCUGGGGGACCCCAUUCGCCAGGGUCACUUCAUCGUGUGGGAGGGAGCCCCCGGAGCCAGGAUGGCCUGGAAGGGUCACAACCGGCACGUCUUCCUCUUCCGGAACCACCUAGUGAUCUGCAAGCCCAAACGGGACUCCAGGACAGACACCUACAGUUAUGUCUUCAGAAACAUGAUGAAGCUGAGCAACAUCGACGUGAAUGACCAAGUGGAGGGGGAUGACCGGGCCUUUGAGGUCUGGCAUGAGCGUGAGGACUCAGUUCGCAAAUACCUGCUGCAGGCGCGCACUGUCAUCAUCAAGAACUCCUGGGUGAAGGAGAUCUGCGGUAUCCAGCAGCGGCUCUCCUUACCCGUCUGGAAUCCUCCAGACUUCGAGGAAGAGCUAGCAGACUGCACAGCCAGGCUGGGUGAGACUGUCAAGCUGGCCUGCCGGGUCACUGGGACCCCAAAACCCAUUGUCAGCUGGUACAAAGAUGGGAAACCUGUGGACGUCGAUCGUCACCACAUCUUCAUAGAGGACCCUGAUGGUUCCUAUGCCCUCAUCCUGGACAACCUGACAGGGGUGGACUCAGGACAGUACAUGUGCUUUGCCGCCAGUGCAGCUGGCAAUGCCAGUACCCUGGGGAAGAUCCUUGUGCUGGUCCCUCCACGGUUUGUGAACAAAGUUCGAAAUGCCCACUUUGUGGCAGGUGAAGACACUCAGUUUACAUGCACCAUCGAAGGAGCUCCUUACCCCCAAAUCAGGUGGUACAAGGACGGUGCUCUGCUGACUGAGGGUAGCAAAUACCAGAUGUUCAAUGAACCCCGGAGUGGGGUGCUGGUGCUGGUGAUCAAAAAGGCCUGCCAGGAGGACAUGGGGCAUUAUGAGUGUGAGCUAUCAAACAAGCUAGGAUCAGCCCGCAGUGGAGCUGAGCUAUUUGUGCAGAGUACCGCCUUACUGGCCCAGGAGAAGAGAGGAGAACAGGCUAUCACCAUUGAAGGAAAGGUCCCAUCACAGGCCCAGCUGGAGGAGUCUGUCCGGGCCUCCCUUGAACGUGCUGACCAGGAGAUCCAGACUGCCUUGAAGAGACUGGUGGAUGCAGCAUCACUGGGCCCAAGCUCCGAAGUCCUUCCACCCAGGGUCCCCUUUCCUUCGGACGCCAAAGGCAGGCCUGUGACCAUUCAGGAAACAGGCACGCAAACCCAGAGUGGGAGAGACCAGGAUGGGGCAUGUGACAGCUCCGGAAAGAUACCCACUGGAGACUGGAGGGGCCCCCAGCCUGCCCCGAGCACCAGCAAGGAAGAGGAGACAACAUCAGCCAGUGGCCCCCAGGAGCGUACCAUCCCUAUUCGGAUGGAGGGGACAGCCUGGCCCAGGAAGGAGGGGGCUGAGGAGGCCUGGGACAUCCACAGGCACAUUUAUGUUGAGACCACCCAGACGACCUGCAUCUAUCAGGCUGGGGAUGGGAGCACCACAAAACCCCCUUCCAUGCAGGUGACCAUUGAGGAUGUACAGGCUCAGGCUGGGGAGACGGCAAAGUUCCAGGCAAUCAUUGAGGGGCACCCUCAGCCCACAGUGACCUGGUACCAGGGCAGCACCUUGCUGACCAACAGUCCCCGAGUCUUCCAAGAACAAGAAGGUACUAACUACUCCCUGGUCUUGAAGGACAUAACCCAGCAGGAUGCUGGCAUCUACACCUGCCUGGCCAGGAACACCGGUGGCGAAGUCUUGUGCAAAGCAGAAUUGCUGGUCCAGGGUGGUGAGGCUGAGCAGGGAGCAGAGAAGCAGAGUUACCGAAGGAAACUCCACUCCUUCUAUGAAGUCAAGGAGGAAAUUGGAAGGGGUGCUUUUGGCUUUGUGAAGAGGGUGGAGCACAAAGGCAACAAGGUGUCCUGUGCUGCAAAGUUCAUCCCACUUCGGACCAAGACACGGGCCCAGGCGUACCGGGAGCGGGACAUCCUGGCCACCUUGAACCAUAAGCUGGUCACCCAGCUCCUAGAUGAGUUUGAGACCAGGAAAACACUGAUUUUGAUCCUCGAACUGUGUUCCUCUGAAGAGCUCCUGGACCGCUUAUACAAGAAAAAUGUGGUGACUGAGACUGAGGUGAAGCUAUACAUAAAGCAGAUUUUAGAAGGCCUCAGGUACCUCCAUGAUAAUGACAUCCUGCACCUGGAUAUUAAGCCUCCUAACAUCCUAAUGGCUCACCCAACUGGGGAAGAUAUAAAAAUCUGCGAUUUUGGCUUUGCCCAAAAAAUCAUCCCCUCGGAGCCCCAGUACAGCAAAUUUGGCUCUCCAGAGUUUGUCUCCCCAGAAAUUAUUGCCCAGACCCCUGUGACGACCACCUCGGACAUCUGGGCUGUUGGCGUCAUCACCUACUUAAGCUUGACCUGCACAUCCCCAUUUGCUGGUGAGAAUGACCGGGCAACUCUCCUGAAUGUGCGGGAGGGGAAGAUCUCCUGGACCACUCCCCAGGUCGUCCACCUGAGCGAGGAAGCAAAAGACUUUAUAAAGGGGAUUCUUCAGCUGGCACCAAAGGCCAGACCUAGUGCUUCCAAAUGUCUCACCCACCCAUGGUUUAUGAAGCCCUCAGUCCCUCCAGAGGAGGUUCACUUCAUCAACACCAAGCAGCUGAAAUUCAUCGUGGCCCGGAGCAGGUGGCAGCGGUCUUUGAUGUGCUACAAAUCCAUCCUGGUGAUGCAGUCCAUCCCAGAGCUCCUGCAGGGCCCUUCAGAUAGCCCGUCGCUUGGCAUCUCACGGCACCUCAUCAAAGAGGCCAGCUACUCCACCAGCAGCUCCUCCUCAGACAAUGAGAUCGCGGCCUACUCCAAGGCCAAGUCCCUGCCGCCUUCACCAGGGUACUCCCCUGUCUUGUCACCUAAGAGUCUCCUCCGAAGCUCUGCCAGCCUCCCCGAGGAAGGUGAACUCCCCCCAGGUGCCACAGGGACCCCAAGAGGGACAGACCACAGACGGGACCACAGCUCUGGCAAGCUCUCUCCUCGGGCUCCCCAGAAGUUCUGGGAGCAGCCUCUGUUCCUGAAAGCAGCCUCUGCUGACAGUGUGAUCUUGCAGGAAGAGGUAGCAUCAUCCCAAGAAGGGGAAGGGACAACGGCCAAGGGUGGCACCUGUGUGCCCCGGCAGAGUGUGGUCAAGAGUACGUUCUCCUGGCAGGCCCGUGAGGCCUCAGAGCGAGAGGGUCCAUCACCUGCUCCUGAUUACAGGAAGCACCUGGAGAGGGCCCGGAGGAACCUUCUCAAGGGCUGGUACUCCAAAGGAGCUCUCCGGGGCCUGCGGGAGCCGCUCCUGGAACACUAUGAAAUGGAGGAGGAGGAAGCCCGGGAGGCCCAGGUGGGCCUGCUAACCAAGUCAUCAUCUUUUGACACAGCCCUCCGCCUGCCCAGCUCCGCCUCCCUCAUCUCCAACCGAAGCCAUUCAUUUGAUGACUAUAGGCUAAGAAGCAGCAGCCCCUUCCCAGAGCUAAGUGAGGGGAAAGAGCAGAGCAAGAACCUAGCCAUGACUGACACUAGUGGGACUCAGUCCCUUGCAGGAGAAUCCCCAAAGAUCAGCCAAUCAGAAAGUCGAGGGGGGACUACCAUCCCCCCGGCACCAGCCAAAGAGCAAGGAAUCGGGGAAGGAACGGUCUCCCCAUCACACGUUGCCCCUUCAAGCCAGAAAGAGGAAGGGUCAGUCCUAAAGGCCAGGCCCCCUCUGCCCAAAAGUUCAGGUUCAAAGGUGAAAAGCACCUGCCAGGAAGGUCAGUGCCCCACCUCAUCUGUCCCGCAGUCACAGAUGGCAUUGAGCUCGCCUAGGGAUGAUGGAUUAAAGGACGGUUCGGGAAAGAGCUCGAACCCCUUUCUGGUCAGUGAUUCCACAGCCACGCUCCAGUGUGGCAAUCCUCCAUUGGCACCCACCCCGAACUUACAAGUAGCCCCAGGAUCAGCCACAGAGGGCAGACAGACCGAUGACUCUCUGAGGCACUCAAACCCAUUCCUCUCCAGUGACCUGGGGCCCAGCAGUUUCCCAACAGCAGUCUCUGGACCCUCGGCUUCCACCACCAAUGAGGGUAGGCACAAGGAUGGAUCUCUAAAGCGAUCCAACCCAUUCCUGUACAGUGACACAGGGUCUGCCGUACAGGAGGGCAGCCAGCUCAUUGAAAGCCCUGGAGACACCCUAAAGAGAUCCAAUCCUUUUCUUUCCCAUGACCCAGGCUGUGCUCUGUCAGAGGGCAGUGCCGCUUGGGAUACCACCAUCCUACAAAAACAGGGCACCCCCAUGGAAGGGCUACUGAAGACAUACAGCUCUCUCCUCCCGGGUCAGACUCAGCCGGCAGACUCCCCCAGCCUAUCAGCCUUCCAAGCCCAAACCAGCCCACUCACAGCUUCAGGGAGUGGACUCCACGGCUACUCUGGGUCUGCUUUUUCCCCAUCGGAGGGUGCCCCAGGUUUGACUUCCAAGAGUGAAUACUUCUAUAGUGCCACUGAGUCAGCGUCCUUAGAAGAUGUUGUGGAAAAGAUGGUGGAUCUGUCCAAGGAGAUGACGGUCCUGGCUGACUCAGUAUCUGACCAGCAGGGCCCAAAGGCACAGACUGUACCCAGGAAGUUUUCCUAUGGAGAGCGUGGGGGCUACGUUGGAAUUGGGGGCUAUGGCAGUUUUGCUUUUGGGGGAGGGGGAAAUCUGCCGGGCCAGAGGCCCGUGUGGGUUGCCAGAACCUGGACUGAGUCGAUAUCAUCCGAAGAGCCAGAGGAGGAGGUGCCAGAAAACACUCAACACGAGGCAAAGUCUGCAUCCCUCCCUGAGACUGUGGAAAUUGGCAAGGAUGCUGGGAGGGAGAUCGGCAAGGAUGUUGGGAAAGAGAUUGGCAAGGAUGCUGGGAGGGAGAUCAGCAAGGAUGCUGGGAGAGAGAUUGGCAAGGAUGCUAGGAAGGAGAUGGGGAAAGAGACUGGAAAGGGGUCAGGGGAAUUCCUCUCAUGGGAGGAAUUUGGCAAAAGCUCCCAGGUCUCCCUGGUACAAAUCAAAGACCUUUCUGAAGACUCAUCUCUUGGAGACAGAGUGUCUCUAGACAUCUCUGAGGUGGAACCAGCCUACCUAAACUUGUCUGAUUUGUAUGAUAUCAAAUACCUCCCCUUUGAGUUUAUGAUUUUCAGGAAGGUCCCCAAACCAGUUGAAAAAGAAGUCCCAGCCCAGAUGGAAGUGGAGAGCAUAGAGAGGACAGAUUUAGAAGAAGCCUGGCACAAGCAACAAGAAUUUGGUCUCUUGCCCAUUAGAGCCACUGGGCAACAGAGAAGUCUAGAGAUAAUGGAAGACUUGGACCCAAUGGAACUCAUGAGUAAGGACACCAAGGGCCUUAUAGACACUAGUAGGAAGAAGAGGAAAACCUCCCCAACCAAACCUGGAUUCUUCAAUUUCUCUGGGAAAUACCAGCCUCUGGACAGCCCAGUGGAACAUAGCCUGAAGAAGAAAGUGAAGGCCUCAGUGGCCCAUAUUUCAAGGAUCUUGAAGGGCAAGCCAGCCUUUGAGCAAGAAAGACGAGAAGUUCUGGAAGAGGAAGAAGCUUUUAAGAAGAAAUCAGGAUUCGCAUCCUUCAGACUCACUGGAAUGAAGACCAAAGAUAGAGCACCUUUGUUUGUAAAGGAACUCACAGAUGAGGCUGUCAUCCCUGGUCAGUCCGUUACACUCUCCUGCCAAGUUUCUGCUCACCCAACUCCACAGACUCAAUGGUUCAAAGAUGGGGUCCCCAUUCAGACCAGCGGCAGGCUCCUCAUCUCCUCUACGCUCAAAAACUUUCAGCUUCUGACCAUCCUGGUUGUAACUGAGGAAGAUCUUGGUGUUUACAAGUGCACUGUGAGCAAUUCCCUGGGAAUGGCAUCUACAAUUGGUGUCAUUAGGAAAGCAGAAAUACCUUCAUCUCCCCCACGCCCGGAUAUUGGAGAGAUAUAUGAAAAUGGGGUGCUCCUGGUCUGGAAGCCCGUGGAAUCCCAUAGUCCAGUGACUUACAUUGUACAAUGCAAGAUAGAAGGUGGAGACUGGAUCACGCUGGCAUCUGACAUCUUUGACUGCUGUUACUAUGCCAACAACCUCUCCCAUGGGGGAAUGUACUCCUUCCGAACAGCCUGCGUCAGCAAAGCAGGCAUGGGACCAUACAGCAGUUCCUCAGAACGAAUCCACAUCGGCGAUCACAACCAGAUGGGACCAGCCAUCAUCCCAGAUGUGUUCCCAGGAGCCACCAAGGAGAACAAUGAGAAAGUCAUUCAAACUCAACCUCUCUCAAGCCAGCAAACCUAUGCCUUUCAAAUGGAAAUACGGAGGGGUCGCUUCAGCGUUGUACGGCAAUGCAGAGAAAAGUCAAGUGGGCGGGUCAUGGCAGCAAAAAUCAUCCCCUACCGUCCAGAAGACAAACUGGCCACCCUCAGAGAGUACGAGGCCCUGAAGGCCAUCCACCACCCCAAUAUUGCCCAGCUCUUUGGGGCCUAUAUCAGCCCCCGACAUCUGGUACUCAUCUUGGAGUUCUGUGCUGGGCAGGAGCUACUUCACUGCUUAUCGGAAAGGUCAUCCUAUUCUGAGAUGGAAGUGAAGGACUAUUUGUGGCAGAUCCUCAGUGCCACUGAGUUCCUCCAUGCCAACCACAUCCUGCAUUUAGACCUGAGGUCAGAAAACAUGAUUGUCACAGAGUACAACUUGCUCAAGAUCCUUGACUUUGGCAAUGCUCAAUUCUACACACAAGACAAGGUCCUUCCCACAGAGAAGUUCAAAGACUACAUUGAAACCAUGGCUCCUGAACUCUUGGAGGGCCAUGGAGCCAUCCCACAGACAGAUGUGUGGGCCAUUGGUGUAACUGCUUUCAUCAUGCUGAGCGCUGAGUAUCCUGUUAGUAAUGAGGUGACCUGUGACCUGCAGAAGGGCCUGAGGAAAGGGAAGAUUAAGCUGAACCGAUGCUAUGCUGGCCUGUCAGGAGGAGCAGUAUCCUUCCUCCAGAGCACCCUGUGUGCCAACCCGUGGGGAAGACCCUGUGUGUCCAGUUGUCUUCAGUGUCCCUGGCUGACCAAAGAGGGCUUGGAACAUACCCAGCAAAUGUCAGUGACUUUUUCUACCAACAGGCUAAGGACUUUUGUGAAGGACCGGGAAAAGAAGCGAGCCCUACUCUACAAGAAACACAAUAUUGCCAUCCUCCAUUAAGUGCCCCAGAGAACACACCUGUAUAUUUGAUCCCAUUCAUUGUAGUGACAAUUCCUGCCUCUAACUUGUCAAUGUGGAGACUUGGAGUAUGGUAGAGCAGAGGAUGUUGUUUUGAGUGCGGGUUGAUUUGGGGGUUGUUGUUUCAAACUUGCUAGUCUCUACAACUCUAAAUCUACACAGAACUUUGUCCCAUUCCUGCUCCUGAGUAGCCAGUGCAUCAGACAAGGGCUCUGAGCUCUGGGUUGUUUUCUCUGUCCAACCUUUCCUCAAAUUAGUCUUUCCAACCUACAAUGACUUCUGUCCUAAAGAGGCAAGUCACCAGUGGCUCCAGGACACAGUUCUCAGUUAAAUGCCCUUUGGAAGAGUUGGGUUUAAAAAGCAAGUUGAGAUGAAAUCAGACAAAAUUGCUACUUAUUUCAGGAGAAAUUGGCCGUGCAAAUGGAGAUUGCUUUGUGUCUUAUAGACCACUGCCCCAGUUGCCUUAAAGGAAAAUUUUGGACUCUACAGGAAGCCAUUUAGAUCCCAGAUCAAGAUGGUGCCCAUGGGUAGAGUCUCUCCUAUUUCAGAUUAGGGUCUCCUUACGAUCAAGCCUUUCAUUUUUUGUGAUUUCAUUUAGAAUUUCAAUCAGCUCUUCAGUGGCAACAUAUGUCUCCAGGAAAUCAGAGGAGCCUGGAGGCUUGCCAAUUUACUACAAUACAACAAAUAAUAUUAAUUUCCUUUUGUGUGCCUAAGGGGAGAUACAGAGUUUAGAUAAGCUGUAGUUCCAGACCCUCAAAGAGCUCACAAAUAUAGCAGGGGGUAAGACAUAUACCCAAAUAACUAUACUUUUUAAUGUCCCAUGAAAAAUGCAUCAGAGAGGUCAAAUACCAAGGAGGUCAUUACAGAAGCUUACCAAUCUUUCCCGUGGGCUCUUUGAGGAUGUCAAGCUAGGAAAAGUGGGAGGGGGGCCCAAGAUGGAGGAAGGAACUAAGUGGUUUUCCCCUGAAGGGGGAGGGGGAGACCCAAUUAGCUUCCAGCAGAAAAGUCUUAGGUCUUUAUGUUUUCCCAAGGCUCUCCCCUUGAAAUUUCUCCUAGCUUUCAUGAUGUUUUGUUAUGAUAAAUAAAGGACUCUGUCAAA